AUGAACAGAGGUAGAGGCGGCUUUAGAAACCAGCGUGGUGGCCGUGGAGGCUUCUCCCAGCCGCAAGGUCCACCAGAGUCCGUGUUGGAAAUGGGCUCUUUCUUGCACACUUGUGAAGGUGACAUUGUCUGUCGUUCCAUCAACACCAAGAUCCCAUACUUCAAUGCCCCUAUAUAUUUGGAGAACAAGACCCAGAUCGGUAAAGUCGACGAGAUCUUGGGUCCAUUGAACGAGGUUUUUUUCACCAUCAAGCCAUCUGAGGGUGUCCAGGCCAAGUCUUUCAAGGACGGUGACAAGUUCUUCAUUUCCCCAGAUAAGCUACUCCCCUUGGAGAGAUUCUUGCCUAAGCCUAAGGAGGUCGGUCCUAAGCCUAAGAGAAAGGCUGGUGGUGCUGGCGGUGCCGGUGCUGCUCGUGGCGGUCGUGGCGGUUUCGGUGGCCGCGGUGGAGCUCGUGGUGGCUUCGGUGGCCGUGGAGGCAGAGGAGGCAGCUUUGGAGCCCGUGGAGGUUCUAGAGGUGGAUUCGGCGGCGGCCGUGGAGGUGCCAGAGGUGGUUUCGGUGGUCGUGGAGGUGGCCGUGGCGGUUUUGGUGGCGGUGACCGUGGCCGUGGCCGUUACUAA